ACGUCCGGUUCGGAGUAGCGCCUGCUGUUGUGCGCAUGCGCGGUUGAGUUUGAACCACUGACUGCUGUACAGGAUGGCUGCGGAUAGUAGUGUGCUGCUGGGUUUGGUGGAAGAAUUCGUGUCAGGACAGGUUGAUAGCAAGGCAACAGAAACCGCUGCAGGUGUCAAGACUGGACAGUUUACAGUACUCCAGUUGGUUGAGGCAUUGGGAUUGAGCCUGACUAGCUCCCAACCUCAGACUCGUGGCCGAGGAGUUCAACUCCUUUCCCAGGUUCUUCAGGAAUGCUACAGCAGUCUUUCUGAAAGGGAGGUGGAGGUCCUGAUAGCUUUCUAUGAAAACAGACUAAAGGAUCACUAUGUUAUCACACCACAUGUUCUUCAGGGGCUCAAGGCUUUGACAAAAUGCUCAGUUCUGCCCCCUGGAUCAGCUGUGUCCAUUUUGCGCUCCAUCUUUCAGGAUGUUCACGUUCAGUCAUUGAUGCUGGCUGAGCGAUCAUGUGUGUACAACAUCCUUAUCAAUCUGAUGGAGUCUCAUGAGCAGGAACUAAAGGGUUUGGGGGCAGACUUUGUAUUUGGAUUUGUGCAGUCAGUAGAUGGAGAACGAGAUCCACGCAACCUUGUGCUGGCGUUCCAGGUAGCCAGGAAUAUCAUUCAUAGGGGUUAUGAUCUUGGUAAAUUUGUAGAGGAACUCUUUGAAGUGACAUCCUGCUAUUUUCCAAUAGACUUUAGUCCUCCACCCACUGAUCCUCAUGGGAUCACACAGGAGGAACUGAUUUUGUCUCUUCGAGCAGUUCUCACCGGGACACCUCGCUUUGCUGAGUUUCUAUUGCCUCUGAUUAUUGAGAAGCUGGAUUCAGAUGUUCAGUCUGCCAAAGUGGAUUCCCUGCAAACACUGGCUGCCUGCGGUCAGACGUAUAGCCAUAAAGAGUUGGCAGAAUUCCUUCCUGGGCUUUGGAGCUCAAUACGGAGGGAGGUGUUUCAGACAGCCAGUGAGAGGGUGGAAUCAGCCGGCCUCUCCGCUCUCGGCACGAUCACAUCCUGUCUUUCUCGCUCCGUGCUCAAUUCCGACUCAGAGGACGCCUUGCAGAUCUUCCUUGACCUCAUGCUCAAAGACUGUCAGCACCAUCUCUGUGAGCCAGAUCUGAAACUUGUAUGGCCCAGUGCCAAACUCCUGCAGGCCGCCAAUGGAGCCUCAUACAGAGCGAGUCUGAUAGUGUCGGCAGCCGUCAUACCCUCACUCCUGGAGCAGUAUAACAACAGGACACAGUGUGCUCAGCGUCGCACCCUGCUGGAGGUUUUGCAGGGUUUCGUUCAGCCCACCCAAAACAGCCGGUCUGCCGAGGGAGAGGAUAGUGUAUUGUUGGCGUUUCAGCAGUCUUUGUGUAGCGUGGUGUUCUCCGCAUUGACCGAGACUAGCGUUGGUCUCCAGGUUACAGCCACACGGGUGCUCACUGCCCUGGGACAGCAGCCUGGUUUGUUAGCACAGACAGAUGUCGAAAAAGCUGUUGAUCAUUUGACCAGACUCAUUCUGGAAGAAGAGGAUAGCCAAGUCAGCUUGGCUGUGGUGGAGUGUUCAGCAUCUCUGGCUAAUCUGCAACCCAAAGCCUUCAUCUCCAGAAUGAUUCCUCGGCUGAAGGAAGAGAUAUUUGCAGAUCCAGAGACAGGCACUGAUCACGUGUCCCAGUCUUACAGAGCCGUGCGUCAACGAUGCGUGACGGCAUUAGCGGCUGUGUCGUCUCAAGCUGAAGUAGUGAAGGAGAGCGCCCCCGUGCUGCUGCAGGUUUUAGCUUCAUCCCACGCUGGAAGCAGUGGUUUCUCUGUGGAGGAAGUGAUCUCUGUUUGCAUCAGUUUGGAGAGAAUAGCAGACCGCACACGAGACACUGAGGAGAUUGGUCAAUUCUUCUAUGACAUCAUCAUUCCUCGACUCCUAGGACUGACCCUACAGGCAGCUCUUCAGAGUCACAGUAGUCCACUAACAGAUGAAGCCGUAUUAUCUGCUAUAGUUCCUGUCAUAAGCACGGCCUGUGCUGCAUUACCAACAGAAUUAGCGUCCCACAUGGCCGCCCAUGCUGUUGCUCUUUUCUUAAAUGGAGAUGUGUCCUUUCUACCAGAGAAUGCCUUCCCCUCCCAAAUCCAGUUACUGCAGAGUCAGACAGAAUCCAGGGGUCCGUCUCAGCUUGUGUGUCUUCUGAUGGCUUGUGUUUGCUCUUUUCCACAAAGUGUGGACAUUCCUGAGAUUGACAGGCUUCUUGUCCAAUUAGAAGAGCUGAGCUGUACGUGUCCACACUUGUUUUCAUACACGUAUGCAGCUAAAUGCUUCGCUGGCUUGGUCAACAAGAGGGCGGCAGGUAAAGCUUUAGAUGUUGUGCUGGAGAGAGUGUUGAAGAGGAUCAGUACAGAACUGGAGAACAUUUCCUCUACACAACGAACACAAGCGUUCACACUGCUACUCUGGAUAGCCAAGGCCCUUCUCUUACGGUACCAUCCACUAUCAACAGUCCUGACAGACAAGCUCUUCGCUUUGUUGAGUGACCCUGAAUUAGGAUCCCAGGUGGCCGAUGGUUUCUGUGUUCUUAUGAGCGACUCAUCAGACGUACUUAACCGCAAUUGCCACGCCGACGUGCGUAUUAUGUAUCGGCAACGUUUUUUUGCUGAAAACUCAAGCAAAUUGGUUAAAGGCUUCAACUCGGCAGAGCAAGAGAAGAAGUCUUGUUAUUUAAAAGCGCUGUCUUACAUUGUCAAUAAUCUACCUAAACAAGUCCAGCUCACAGAACUGCCUGCAUUGCUGCCACUUCUGCUGGAGGCGUUGUCGUGUCCGGAUCAAGGGGUGCAGUUGUCUACACUGUCCUGCUUGCAGCCGGUUUUGUUGGAACCCCCAGCGGCCCUCAGCAACCAGCUGGAGGCUCUGUUUUCCCGCAUGCUGGCCCUCACCACCAGCCCUGCUAUGAAUGUGAGAAUUGCAUCCCUCCGGUGUGUUCAUGCUCUUUCCCGCUUGCCCGAACAUAUGGUGUUGCCGUUUCGUGCUCGAGUGCUUAAAGCUCUUGCUGUUCCUCUGGAUGAUAAGAAGAGGCUGGUGAGAAAGGAGGCUGUGUCCGCCCGAGGAGAAUGGUUUUUGCUAGGUAGUCCCGGUGGGAGAUAAAGAAAACAGUGCUGCUCUCCACAGUGACAUUAUAGAUGAUCCAGAAUGUUUGGGAGUCAGAAUCCCCUUCACAGCCUUUGAUUUUAUUUACCUACAGACGUUUUCUAGUACUGUUUCUACUCCAAAAGCACACAGUGUUUGGGAUCGGCCUGUUCUAGGCAUUAAAAACUCUGAGCAGCCGGGAAUGGCUUGAAGAUGAACACAAAAUGAUGCACUGAGCAAGAACAAACUCUUUUUUUUUUUUUUAGCCAGACCUUUAACCAGUUAUGCUGGAUCAGGACCUUUAAAAGUAAAUUAGAUACAUGAGCUUAUACAUGUACAGUAUUGUUUACCAGCAGCAGAGAUGAUCUUACACCACACAUCUGAUUCUUCUAACCUAUUUCUUUAAAAACACAACACCUCAGAUUUCAACUUUAACCAUGCAGUUUUAGGAAUAGUAGUUUAAUAAAAAUAAGCUGACGUGUUACAUUAGAAAGAAUGUUGGUUGUUUUAUCCAUUUUCAAAGACUACCUUAAAUGUCGAACUGACAAAACUGAUGCCAAGAAUAUUAAAGAAUAUUUAAAUGUUAAAUAACCUCUCAAUAAAAGUUUUGUAAAUGUG